UCAAAACUAAAAAAAGAUUUUGAUUAAGUACUCUUAGUUUCUAAUUCAAAAAUAAAUGAACAUACAUAAUUAGGAUUGAGUGUUGCAAAAACAACAUCUAAAAAACCAUUUAAUUUUUAGGAGAUUUAAAAAAAUUAUAUAGAUAAAAACAUAAAAUCUCAUUAAAUAUGUGUUAUAGGAGAUAGAUUAUUUACUGAUAUGGUUUUAGCACAUAAAAAUGGUUUAAUUGGUAUCCUUGUUAAACCUAUUGAUAUCAGUAAUGAAGACUAUUCAAUUAGAGUUAUGAGAAUUUUUGAAAAUUUUAUAAUGAGAAAUAACUAAUUGUAGAAGCAUUCAUAUCAUGGUAACCUAAAUUUUUGA